AUGUCUUCAAAUAUAACCAACCAGCAAGUCGAAGAUCUUAAAUUGGUUUCAGCUUUAUCAAUAGCAGUUGACGAGUCUUGUGACAUAAAUGAUACAGCGCAAGUUUCACUUUUUGUAUGAUUUAUUUCAUCUACAGGUCCUAAAGAAGAACUUUUAGGAUUAUUGCCACUCAAAGGUCAAACACGUGGAGAGGAUAUAGCAAAUGCUGUAACUGAGUGCAUUGAAAAACAUCAUAUUCCACUCGAUGAAAUUGUCUCAGUUUCAACAGACGUGUCAAAAAGUAUGACCGGUGUAAGAAACGGGUUUGUUGCUAUUUUGAAAGAAAAAAUUAAUCACAAGAUACUUACUUACCAUUGCAUCAUUCAUCAAGAAGCCCUUUGUGCGCAGACAUUUCCAGAAGAAAUUUGCAAAGUUAUGGAAUUGGUGAUUAAGAUUAUCAACUCCAUUAUAGGUAAAGCUCUUAAUCAUCGCCAGUUUAAAGAAUUUUUAGUUGAAAUGGAGAGUGAGUACGCAGAUCUGCUGCUGCAUGACAAGGUGAGAUUUUCAGCCCAGGCCACGGGGACAGCGACCUCAGGAGAGGUCGCGGCGGACGGCGCUGCCCGCGGCCGGGAGCGGGGUUCCGGAGCGCCCCUUCCUUCGUCCGCUUUCACCCGGGGCCGGUCCCGGCGCCGGGAGCCGCGGGCUGCGCGCUCUGCGGCUGCGAAAACCCGGAGCGGUGGACCCGGGCGCUCGCAGCCGCCGCCUCCGCGGUCCGGCCGCCGAGCUGGGCAUGCUCAGUGCAGCCGGCGCGCCGCCGUCCGCCAACUCGGAAGCUCGCGCUCCCGGGCCGGGGGCGAGGACGGCGGCGGCGGCGGCGGCGGCGAGCGGCGUGCCUGCCGCCCCCAGACAGCCGCAAACUUCGCGGCGUCCCCGGAGGUGGCCCGACGAUACUGA